UCUCUACUGAGAAUUAUAUGGCAUAUUCAUUUCCGAUUCCCGGCAAGAGACCCGCUCUGGUAAACCAGCUAACAAAAUAACUCUCGGCUUCGCAAAAAUGUAAGUAAUUUCCUAUUUUGAGUUGUGUGUGUUUACAGGUAACCCGAGAUCUUGCACAUGAAUUGGAUUUCGCAGGCUGGGCUCACAGUAGAUGCACUCUAUUCUUAUUAUAUAUAAAGGGUUUUCAGUUUGGGGAGUUCUAGGUUUUUAAAAAAUAACAGAAAAAUCCGAUUAGAAAGUCUACUUUGAGAUUUUUCACUUUUUGUUUAGAAUAUUCUCAAUUAUAUAUGUAACUCUUACAUUCAACAUAUGUCUAGUUCUAUAUUAAAUAGACUUAAUCAACAUAAAUUAUUAAUUUAAAAUUAUUUUAUUUUUCUACUUUUAAACUUUCAAAGGAGAGCUCACACUUCAUGCAAAGGCUAGUUAGAAAAACGAAUUAGUUUGAAAUUAGAAUUGUGCGAAGCCUUAAGCUGGGUUACCUAGGCUAUAUUUUCUUAUUACCUCCAUAUAGACGUAUAUUCAUAACUGGUGAAUAUGGAUAUGUAUUUCUUUUUUAAUUAAGUCAAAACACUUGUGUUUACAUGCGUCGAAAAUACACUCUUAUGUGCCCUGGGCUGAAGUGUGGGUGUUUGUAUAUAGCGAUCAAAAAGAAAAACUCAAACUGAAGUUGUGGCGACGAUUGUCGAUCGCUGAUCCCAGAGAGAGCGGGAAGACGACAUUAGUCGGACGCAACUCCAGGCUGCCACACGCGCCUCGAUCACCAGCCGUCGGAGUCGGAUCGAUCGCACAAUAGCGAAGAAAUUAAGCCGCUUUGUUUGUAGACCCCCGAUACCGAUACCUGUGACAAAAGGAUACUCGACGACAAGUUGUGUCCCCCUUCCUAUACAUCAUAGAUCACUUGUUGACACACGUACAAAGAGGUGCUGUCCCCUUGAACUAGGUGAGAGAUGUGGCUCUCAUCAACCCCGGAUGAGUAGUCACGUCUCGAAUCGGAUCGAUGGUGAGCCAUUCAUCACAAAUUGGCAGAGUCCCUAAUGCACUAAAAGUAAGAAGAAGGAGAAAACAAGAAAAUAUACCUACCGAGUCCAGGUAAACCUGCAACAGUCCAGCCAGAACUCUCGAUCGGUCAUUCGAAAAGCGGCUUAGGCGAUGACGGAUCAACUGCUGAGCUCCGCGGCCAGCGCUCCCGGGGAUCCCCCGCCGGUUCUCGUACCCGUGCCAGCCUCUACAGGUGGACCCUAUUUAAGCGCUGGAUCCGAGGGUGAGGCGGAUUCUGCCGAACAGCCCGUCCUACUCGAACUGGGUGCUCCUCAACCUGCCAACUGUCCGGCAGUUAGUCUAAACUAUACCCUAACACCCGAUGGAGGUUUGCUGGCCUAUGCGCCAAGUCAUCCGCACACCUAUUCACCAACCUUGUUGGGCGGCUACGAGAAGGAACCAACCACUUUAGGUCUACUGCCACCCACAUACAGUGUAAUUCCACAGCCAGUGUCGAUGUGGCAUAGUGGUCAGGUUGCCACCGGAUCUCCAGUGGGUCUGGAUGGCAGUAAACACAGUGAACUAGUGCCACCUCCCAUGUAUAUGAGUUAUGGUGGAGGCAGUAUCGCCAACAGCACGGAGGUGGAUAUAUCCAAGGAACACAAUCCCGCCUGGCGGGAGAAGGCACUGCAGAUGGAGAAGGACUACAGACGUACAGCUUGUGAUCGAGAAAGAACCAGAAUGCGGGAUAUGAAUCGGGCUUUUGACUUACUACGCUCCAAGCUGCCCAUUUCAAAGCCUAAUGGUAAAAAGUACUCCAAAAUCGAGAGCUUGAGGAUUGCCAUUAACUACAUCAACCAUCUACAGGCCAUGCUGCGGGAGAGUUCGGCGACUCAAAAUGGCAGUGGAUGCUGUGCCUGGAGUGGUGGUAGUAGUUCGCCUUAUGACAAUGGCACAGAUCAUUGGGGAGCGUAGCUUGAAAAUAUAUUCCAGUUUCUGAAUUAAGUUAGAUCUUUUGAAUUUUAUAAGUAAUCACUUAAAGAACCACCGAGUUAAAUUCUAUGCGAAAUUUGCCAAAGAAAAAUUACUGGCGGUGGCUGGACCAAAUCACCAACUUAUUCAGCAUUUAAAUUCGUUAAAAAAUUUAAAAGUUAAACAUUUUUAUUAUGAGGAAUACACUUCUGUGCAAUUUUACUAUUUUGGAAAAACUAUAGCUUUAAUUUUUCAUAAGCCUAACAUGUUAAACUUCUUAUAAGUGCAAUAAUAAAAUGAAAUACCAAUUUUAAAUAUA